GCGGCCGGCGUCCCGCCUCUGCGCAGCCGCAGGGGGACGGUACCACGGCGCCUGUGACAUGGGGAGGCGCGGAGGAGACACCGGAAGUAGCUGUGGUACGGGUGGGACUGAGGGGUACUCACCGCCCGCAGCCUCCACCCGCGCGGCAGUCAGAGCCCAGACCCGUGGGGGUGGGCGUGGCGGUCGCCGGAACCCAACUACGACUGUUCGCUGUCGGCGCGGGGCGGCGCCGCGUCGCUCGCCUUCACCAGCUGCCAUGAGCGAGCGCCUCCGCCCCAGAAAAAGAAGAAGAAAUGGCAAUGAUGAUGACAACCACACUCCUCCCCAGACCAAAAGGAGCAGUAGGAACCCCAUCUUCCAGGACUCCUGGGACACAGAGUCUUCGAGCAGCGACAGUGGUGGGAGCAGCAGCAGCAGCAGCAGCAUCAACAGCCCAGACAGGGCCAGUGGGCCAGAGAGCAGCCUGAGCCACAUCAUCCCCGGAUCCUGCCCCAGCACCCCCCAGCCGAUGCCUGAGCAGUCUGCACUGUGCCAAGGCCCUUACUUCCACAUCAAUCAGACCCUGAAGGAGGCUCACUUUCACAGCCUACAGCACCGAGGCCGGCCUCCGACAUGAUGCUCCGGCAGUUUCUUGCCUUCUGUGAAGGGACAGCACUGUGCAGAUUGGAUAUUUCAACUUAAUGAUUUGUUUUUAAAAGUUGCACACAGAAAAAAAAAUGCCUGUUGGCUUUCAGUCUAUAUUUGAGUAUCGGGUCAGCAGGCACUGUUUACUUGGGUUCUUGCUGCACUAUUGUGAUUUCGGAGGGGCUUGGGAGCAAUUUUUUUAUAGGAUUCUUUUAGAGGAUUCUUUUGAGAGGGCAUCAAAUCUACCUGACAGUGGAUGAGGAAGUCUCAACUGACCGAUCUCCACAUGUCAGCUAGAUGCUGUACCGUAUGUAAAGAGCCUCUUAAAAAUGCAGGAUCUUAAAUUUUUUUAAUUCAAUAAACUAGUAAAGAACAUCUAGUUUCCAUGAGAAAAAAAAAAAAAACUAAGUUUUCUCCCUAAGUAUAGGAAGCUUGACUCAGUGUUGCACUGAAGGUAACUGCCAUACUACCUCUUAGUAUGUAGAUGUCUGUCUAUGGAAAUGCUCUCCCUUGGAACAGAACAGUAGCCCACUCUAAAGACCAUGGAAGUUAAGCAUCUUUCCCAGUUGUGGUCUCCAUUUUAUUUUGGAAUUUUCAGGGAGAAUAUUACUUCCGUAUCUAUUUUCUUCUAGUCUGUACCCCAAAUGCUAUAGAGAAUAUUGUGCAGUUCUCAAAGUCAAGAAAUACCUAGUAACUGUUACGAACUUGUGUAUUAUCAGCUUUUAACUGCUAGCUCCUUGCAGCGCCCAUAACCAAGGCAGUGGUCAGUGCAGACGAAGUGCAAGCUGCCUGAUAGCUGAAGGAAGAGUGAGGAUGUAACCCAUGCCUACGGGCACCCCAGUCCUGCCAGGGGGCUGCAUUCUGUCAUCGGAACUGGAAAGAUUGGUGUGGUGUAGAAACACGAGCAGAGGCACCUCUAGGAAAAACAAUGCACUAGUAUUUAUUUAGAGAGCCUGGGCAUUGUUCCCAUGCUACUUGGUCAUACUAGAGAGCCAGGCGAGCUUGAAUAGUGAAGGUGCAGGUGAGUCAUCUUCCUCGCUUGCAAGCUGUCUGAAUAAAGAGCCAGGGUUUGUCGUUGGGUCACCUACUCUGGAGAGUGCCGGGGGGCCAACCUGCCAUGUAGAUGAAGAGGAUGUGCCUUAAGUGUGCACCCAUAGCCUCCUGCUUGUCCCCUUCACUGCACCCCAUUCAGAGGCCACACAGCACAGGCAACAGCGCUGAGGAGCGGGGAUGGCUCUAGUAAGAAGGAUCUGAGAGGGACAACUGGACCAGAGCAGGUUACUAUGUGAUACCUCUACAGUCUGAAGGAGGCCCAUACCAGGAAGAGAGUGAACAUGCAGUGCCUUCCAUGGCCUGCUCCUCUGAGGGCCAUAGCAUGGAAGGGCCAGCCCCGUGACAUGGGAACUACUGUCAUGAAACCCAGAAAGUAGGUUUUCCCCCCCCUUUCAGGAGUGUUCCAGAUUUUAAAACCAGAUGUUUGCUGAGGACUCAGGAUCUUACUGGGUUUGUUGGCAAGGAAUGUGGGAAAGGAUACUUUACUGGAAUUCUAACAGUAAGGCAAACAGUGCUGUGGGAAGGGAAGCUAUCAAGCACACAUGUACACAACACAACCCAGAAAUACCCAGGAGGGCUCCGGCAGGCUUAAUAGAUGGCGUCCUACUGAAACAAAACAUGUAUUAAUAAAAGAGUGCUCAAGGAAGCACGUUUCUCCCCAUCUCCCACCCAACUAAAGGCACAGGUGAGACCAUCUGCAGACAGGGUCUUCCCAUGCUCUGAUCACAGUGGCGGGGUAUGUCAAUAGUCAUUCACCCUACAGAAUACAAGAGGCCAUCUCUAUCAUGUGCUGAAUGGGCUCCACAGCCUGUGGUCUAGCUCUGGGUAUAUUUCUAUUUUGAGGCUAUUUGUUCUAGUCAAUUGGCAUCCUUCUAUGAGCUGCAAUUAGUAAAACCUUGUACUCUCUAUUGCGCCGCCAUUAAAAGCAGCCUUAGUGCAUUGC